AUGGUCAUUGACGGGACUGGUACAGGCACACUCAUUGAGCUCCUUGCUGAAUGUGCUCGCCCUAGACCAGAACACGAUCGUAUUCUCACUUUCACAACUGACUGGGAGUGCGAGGCGGCCUCAAGAGCAAUUCUUGCCACCAUCGGACAGGAGAGAAGCAAUGUGCAAUCCCCCCCAGCGGCUCAAUCCGCCGCCUCCACUGGGCAUGAUGAAGUGCAUGAUGCCUUCCUCGUCGACUACAAUUUCCGGUUAUCAGCGGAAAAAAUCCAGUGGCUGCAUCAGUUGGCUCAAUCGCAGCAAAUUGAGACGGCACAACCCGGUCAGCCAUCCAAGCUCGUCUCUGAUGACGAUGUCGUAACAGCAGUGUUUUGGGUGUGCCUCAGGCGGAUUCGCUCCCGUCCGGGAUUAGACGGGACUCCAACUUGCACCCUCAACCGAUUCAUCAACGUCCGACACCGGUUGAGCCCCCCACUGCCCGCUCAUUAUCUUGGCAAUUGUUUUUUGAUGCUCGACGAAUCGUGUUCAACGGAUGGGCUAGACCAGCCGGAGCAACACACGAAAGAGGGGUUUGCACGGGAAAUCGCUUCCGCGGCCUGUAUCUUAAGGGCGGGCCUGAAUAAGGUGGAUGAUCAGUACGUUCGGAAACAUUUGGCGCAGUUCAGCCACGCCAACAACUGGGCCAAUACCACAAUCCACGAACCGGAUGUUGUCGUCACAAGUAUCCGUCGCUUGCAGGCAUAUCAAGACUUCGGUCCAGUUUUGGGAAAGGUGGCCGACUUCGAAAUCCUCCCAUACAUGAAUCCUAAUGGUGUCUGUACUAUUAAGCCCGAUCGUGGGGUUAACAAGUCGUGGGAGGUCGGUGUGACGCUGGAAAAGGAAGCCAUGGAUGAGCUCAGAAAGGAUCCAAUGUUUGGCUGGCUGGUGGAACUGGGUUCUCCGCUCCAGAUCUUUAGGCCAGCCCAAUAA